GUCAGGAGUCACAGAAGAUGAGCAGAUGAUGACUAAAGACAGAGACGGAGGAGAGAACAGAAUAUCAACAUGUCCAGCUCUGACACCAGAGUGAUCGUUGCCCACAUUCCUCCUCGCAGGAGAAGACGGAGCAAAGAAAAACCUCCUCACAUGAGGAUUGUUCUUCUGGGGAAGAACGUGUCAGAAAACAGUGGAGUGGGAAACUUCCUGUUGGGACGAGCAGCGUUUGACAGUGAAGCUCCUCCAGAUGUUGUAGAGAGAGUCGGAGGAAGAUUGAAGGACAGACACGUGAUGGUCAUCAACAGUCCUCAGCUGCUCCAGACAAACAUCUCAGAUCAUCAGAUCACACAGACAGUGAGAGAGUGUGUGUCUCUGUCUGAUCCAGGACCUCAUGUGAUCGUUCUGCUCCUCAAACAUGGUCAGUGUUCAGCAGAAGAUCAGGAGUGUGUGGAGAAGGUACUGGACUCUUUCUCUGAGCGCGUUUAUCAACACACCAUGGUGCUCACCACACAAGAGCCCACUGAAACCAAUGACAUCCUACAGAAAAUCAUCCAGAAAUGCUUCAACAGACACUUCAGUCUUCAGAGAAGCAGCUCUCCUGAUGAUCUUCUGCAGACGUUUGAGGACAUCGUGCAAAUGAAUGAUGGACGACACCUGGAUUGUGCUGAAGCUUCACAGUAUUUCACAAUGAAGCGACAGGACACAGAAAGAUUUUCAGAGGGUGUGAAGCUGAAUCUGGUUGUGUGUGGGAGUGACGGCACGUUAAAAUCCUCCAUAUCAGAGCAGAUCCUGCAGCAGACAGACAGAAGAUCAGACGUGGAGCUUCAUGGACGUCAGAUCAGUCUGGUGGAUCUUCCAGCUCUGUUCAACACUCGUCUCUCAGAGGAGGAAGUGAUGCAUCAGACUCUCCGCUGUGUGUCUCUCUGUCAUCCUGGAGUUCAUGCUUUCCUCCUCAUUAUUCCUGAUGCUCCACUCAAUAAUGAAGACAAAGCAGAAAUGGAGGAGAUCCAGAGGAUCUUCAGCUCCAGAAUCAACAAACACAUGAUGAUCCUCAUGAUGCAGAAUUCAAAGCAUCAGACAGCAGAACUGAAUGAAGAAACACAGUCUGUCACUGAGAGAUUUGGAGGACGACGUCAUUUCUUUGGUCCAAACACACAAGUGUCCACAUUGAUGGAGAACAUUGAGAAGAUGCUGGAAGAAAACAGAGGAGGGGUUUUCUCAACAGAGACAUUUCUGGAGGCACAGAUGAAAAAACUGCUGCAAUAUGAAGAGAUGAAGAAGAAAAUUGACUCACUAGAAACACAUUUACUGCCACAAGGUUCAACAGAGCACAAAGAUGAACUGAGGAUUGUUGUGCUAGGAAAAACUGGAGUUGGGAAGAGUGCAACAGGAAACACAAUCUUAGGAAGAGAUGCAUUCACAGCAGAAACAUCUCAUGAAUCAGUCACUAAAGAGAGUCAGAGAGAAUCAUCUGAAAUCAACGGCCGACACGUUACUGUGAUCGACACUCCAGGACUGUUUGAUACUGAAUUGAGUAAUGAGGAGAUCCAGAGAGAAAUCAGACACUGCAUCUCCAUGAUCCUGCCUGGACCACAUGUGUUCAUCAUUGUGCUCAAUUUAGGACAACGAUUCACUCAAGAAGAAGCAACAUCAGUGAAGAUCAUCCAAGAGACGUUUGGUGAGAAAUCUUUAAUGUUCACCAUGGUGCUCUUCACCAGAGGAGACGAUCUGAAGAACAAAACUAUUGAACAGUACCUGGGAAAACCAGGAUCUCCUUUGAUGAAGCUGAUUGAAGCGUGUGGAAACAGAUUCCAUGUGUUCAAUAAUAAUCAGACUGGAGACCGAACACAGGUGUCUGAUCUACUGGAGAAGAUAGACAACAUGGUGGAAGAAAACGGAGGGAGUUUCUACUCAUGUAAGAUGUUCAGAGAGAUGGAAAGAGAAAGACAAGAACAACAGAUGAAGAUCCUGAUGGACAGAGUAAGAGAAAGAGAGGAACUGAUGAACAAACUAGAAAAAGAGAAAGAGAGUAUGAAGAUGAUGGUGGAGGAAGAAAGACAGAAUCAAGAUAAAGAGAGAAAGAGAAGAGAAGAAGAACUGAAAAGAGAAAUAACAGAACAAGAGGAACAUCAGAGAAAGAUACGAGACGAGAUGAGACGAGAACGAGAAACAUUCAAACAUGAAAUACAGGAAAUGAGACAAGAAAAAGAGAAUUUGAAGAAAGAAAAAGAAAAACUUCAGAUCAAAUACGACACAGAAAUAGACAGACUGAUGAACAGAAUAGAGAAUGAGAGGAAGAAAAGAGAAGAGGAAUAUAUAGAAAGAGAAGAAAAAUAUAAAACACUAAUGAAAGAGAAAGAAGAUCUUCAAUCCAAACAUGAAGCAGAAGAAAACAAGAUGAAGAUCCUGAUGGAAAGAGUGGAUAAACAGAACAGAGAAAGAGAAGAACUGAUGAAGAAACACGAAGAAGAGAACGAGAGAAUGAAGACAAUGAUGGAGGAAGAACGACAGAAUCAAGACAAAGAGAGAAAGAGAAGAGAAAAAGAAUUGAGAGAGAGAGAAGAGCGAUAUAAAAGAGAAAUGAAGGAACAGGAGGUGCAGAUGAGAGAUGAAAUGAAGAGAGAACGAGAGACGUUUAAAGAUGAAAUGAGGCUAGAAAAAGAGAAUCUACAGACAGAAAUAAACAGACUGAUGAAAAGAAUAGAGAAUGAAAGACAGAAUCAUGAAACAGAGAGAAAGAGAAGAGAAGACGAGUUUAAUGAGAGAGAAGAACAAUAUAAAACACGAAUGAAAGAGAAAGAAGAGAGAGAGGAAAAGAUGUGUGAGGAGAUGAAGAGAGAACGAGAGGAAUGGGAGAAACAGAAACUAGAGGAAAAGACAAGAAGAGAAGAAGAGGAUGAGAGAAGAAGAGAGAAAGAACAAAGAGACUGUGAUGAAUUUAAUCAGAGACUGAAAGAAGAGAGAGAGAGAAUGGAAAGAGAGAAAGAAGAUCUUCAAUCUAAACAUGAAGAAAAAGAAAACAAGAUGAAGAUCCUGAUGGAGAAACUGAACAGAGAAAGAGAAGAACUGAUGAAGAAACACGAAGAAGAGAACGAGAGAAUGAAGAUGAUGAUGGAGGAAGAACGACAGAAUCAAGACAAAGAGAGAAAGAGAAAAGAAAAUGAAUUCAGAGAGAGAGAAGAGGAACUGAAAAGAGAAAUAAAAGAACAAGAGAAACAUCAGAGAGAGAUACAAGACGAGAUGAGACGAGAACGAGAGACAUUCAAACAAGACAUGGAGGAAAUGAGAGAAGAAAAAGAGAAUGUGAAGAAAGAAAAGGAAAAACUUCAGCUCAGAUACGACACAGAAAUAGACCGACUGAUGAACAGAAUAGAGAAUGAAAGACAGAAUCAUGAAACAGAGAAAGAGAAGAGAAGAAGAGUUUAAUGAGAGCAAAGAGCGAUAUAAAAGAGAAAUAAAAGAGAAAGAAGAGAG